AUGGAAGAAUUGCCCACUACACCGAUUAGGCUUAUAUUAGGGCAGCCUCAGUUACGCGAACAGAAAUCAGGAAACUGUUCGAAAGAGCACAGGCCAACCUCGUCUCAUUCAGUUUCGAGCGCGAAUGUUCCUUCCGACUCGAAUUCGGGUCUCAGCUCCCCCGGUUCUUCCCAGUUUGUUGUACAUCCUCAUGAACCGCCAAAGAAAAAGGACCUCCAAGGAGAUUUGGACCGCUCGAUUGAUUAUGGUAGAACAUCAGCCCGCAAUAACAAAGCCAACAUCAAUCCACUGGAGAACAUUGACAUAAACAAACUGUUUGAUGACAAUAAAUCUGAUGCGGCUCCCACCUUUUCUGAUGAAAAUGAGAGCACGAGUGAUAAACGUGUACUUACAUUGAAUUAUUCGCCCAUCAGAGUGGAAAUGAGUUCUCCAGAAAAGGAAAGCGAUAAAAACACGAACAAAGACGAAGAUGAUGAAGAAAGUGGUCAUAUCAAUAAAAGGCUAAAGUUACAGUUGGAGUCAGUGCCUGACUUGAAACAAGGCCCGGCUGAAGGUGCGGCUAAUGAUAAAGAAGAGAUUAUGUCAUCUCCAAUGGCAAUUGAUAUGAUUGAUACCAACAUAAGUCCAAAUAAAUUUAUCAUGAACGAUGGGGUUGCAAGAAACGAAAGUUUCAACAUCAAUACCGAUAAACUCAGCUUGGAAAACGAUAUCAAUGAGAAACAGGAAGAAGCAGACUUUAUAAAGUCUAACAGUAACAACGGCGGUAGCAAUGACGAUGAUGAUUAUGGCAACGAAUAUGAAGAAGAAGGUGACAUAACAAACUCUCAUAUAAAUAGGCUCACUCCUCUGUAUGAGACUUCUGCAAGGGACUCGAAAUACCACGGAGGGGAGAAAACCCAUCACAACGAUGAUAAUCAAUUUGAUAUCAGGCAUGACAAUUUUCAGAUUGUAGCAAAGAGAAAUGAGGAACUAACUGACCAACUUUAUCAGUUAAAUCAAAAGCUGAAUUCUUUGAUUUCCAAAAAUGAAUCAAUAUCUUUUCAGUAUGAGAAACUGAAUAAAAGCCAUCAACAGUUAAUAGAUUCAUCCAAUGAAAGAGUUGAAAAGCUACAUAUAGAAAGGGAACAUAGCAUUUCCAGGGUGGAGAAAUUCAAAAAAAGAAUCAAAGAGUUGAAUACGGAAAUCAAAGUAUUGAACUCCAAUCAAAAGAUAUUACAAGAGAAAUUUGAUAAUUCAAUUAAUGAACUAAAUCAGGUGAAGAACGACCAAUAUAAUACCAAUAAUAUUUUACAAAGAAAUGAAAAAAAUUUGAACGAGAAGAACGCUGAAUUGGAAAAAAUAAAGAAGGAAUUGAGCACCACUCUAGAGAAACUAUCUGAAUCGCAAACUACAUUGAAUGAUUUGAAUUCUUGCAUUGCGCAAUUGAACAGUAAGGUCGGAGACACUAAUAGUGUCCUAAUUUCUAAAGAAAGCGAGUUAAAUAACCUAAAAAUAAGUUUGAAAGAAACUUUAUCAAUUUCUAAAGAUUCUAACGACUCGGAUCUCAUAGCACAACUGAAUGAACUAAUAUCCGCAAAAAAUAGCUUACAACAAAAACUGGAUGAUUUGAGCAAUUUGAAUGAUGAUAAUUUAAAGAAAUUGCAAGAAAAAUUAAUGGAAGAUGAAACCGCACUAAGACGAAAAGAUGCCGAGAUAAACUCGCUAAAUAGUGAACUGGAGGAGCUGAAAAAGCAUGUCAUUUCAAAGGAUAAUGAAUUUGAAACCUGGAAGAGCAAAUACGAGAAUGUUGAAGAUGAGGCAAAGAUACGGAAUGCUGAGGUCACGGAGUUGACCAGAGACAUCGAUGAUCUAAAGGAAUCUAAGGUACACUUACAAGAAACAAUUACAGAACUAGAAAAUCAUGUUCAUAAACUUGAAAAUGAUUACGACUUGGAGAAGGAGAAAUUCGAAAAAACCUCACUGGAAUUGGAAAGCUUGCAAUUGAAAAAUAGCAACAUCCAAGCUGAACAUAUUAAAGAAUUAGAAAAUCUUCAUGAAAAUCUUCUAUCUCUACAAGAUGAAUUGAAAAUCUCUUCAGAAAGAGUAACUGCAUUAACGAAAGAGAAUGAAACAUUAAAACAAAAUAAUGACAAUAAUAAUAAAAGUGUUACUCUAAGCAAUCAUCAAAAGGAUAAAGAUGGUGAACUAAUUAAAUCAUUGGAGAAACAAUUAAAAGAUUGGAAAGAAAAAUAUGACGCGAAAGAAAAAGAUACAAAUAAAAGGUUGAAGUUACUGGCUGAAGAUUUGUACAUUCAGUAUUCUUCCAAGCACGAGCAAAAGGUCAAAUUAUUGAAAAAAGGCUAUGAAAAUAAAUUUCAGAAUAAAUUUGAUCAGUUAAAUUUAGAAAAUAAAACUUUAUCAGAAGAAAUUGAACAAUUGAACAAACAGCUGAACUCCGAAAGAGAAGAGAAACAAGAUUUGCUGAAGUUGUUGGAAAAUGAAAAACAAUGA